AUGACCGUCUGGGUGACAACAAAGCCAGCGUCCACAGUGACUGUGGCCUCACCCGAUGUCACUGGCUCAGGAAUGAUCGACGCGGUAGCAGCCGAAGAUGAAGAGGUGGCUGCGCUGGAAGAAGUUGGCAUUAAGUCUGACGAUGAGGACUCAGUCGAAGCUGAAGAAAUCGAGCUGACCGUGGUGGAAGAGAAUGCUGACGACUCUGAGGACGAGGACUCGACCGAAGCUGAAGAUGUCGAGCUGAUCGUCGAAGAAGACAUCGUUACUGACUCCGAAACUGAGGAUUCAGUAGACACCGAAGAGGUGGAGCUCUCCGUGCUGGAAGAGAUGGUAGAUGAUUCGGUCGAGGUUGAGAAUGACGAGGAAGCCGAUGAUGAUGUGCUGGACGCAGAGCAGCUCAACGUGACGAAAGAAGUCUGA